CGCAGACGCCUCAACAUCGCGUCGUCUCAUUGGUUGCCGUGUGUCUCUUCACAUUCCUGAUUCGAGCUUUUCUGUGUUGUCUUCUCAAAAUACAGAGAAAUAUAUGACGACCUUCAGCCAUGCGAUUAAACUAUCCUCAAUAUUCCUGAACCACACAGACAUGAGAGUAAUCAAGAUUGUGCCAGCAUGCCUCUCCAAGACAGAAAGUCUAGAGGACCAAACAGAUCACAUCCAAAACCUAAAGACAAGGAGCUUCUUGAUCUCAAGAGACUUUUAUCACUGAUCACAGCUCAAGUAUCCAAACAGGUUUCGUCUUUGAGUCAAUCCAAGGGACGGAAGUCUCAGAACUCUUCAAACGUUCCCGACCACCAGAAAAACGGCACAAACAAUGAAGCAUCUGAGCUGGAUAACUUUAGUGUGACUUACAGAAACCAGAGAUGUUUUAGUGACCAGCCACAUCACACACUGUUCCUGGACAUCUUCACUGCCUUGAUCAAUAACAGACUCGGUUGUAGUAACUGGCUGGAAAAGUCCUCCUCAGACAACGUUUUAAGAGUUCUGAACUGCUUGAGAUUGUUGAUCAGGGAUCCUCUUCACCAGAAAGUCUUCUUUGAACUGCAAGGUGCUGGGCAGCUCGCUAAGCACAUGGAGUCGGUUGCCACUGUGUAUCUAGAAUGCAGAGAACAGACGUUGGAAAUUGAGCAGCUGGUUGCAAUGACAUAUAUGUUUCAGAAGUUGUCUUCUGUUGAGGAACAAAGACAGUGGAUUAUUCAUUGUGGUGCACAUAAGACCCUCGUGAAGCUGCUCUCUACGCGGGACAGUAGUGUAGUAUUAGGAGCUCUCCUGGCUCUCACCUCACUCGCUGAAAGUCGAGAAUGCAAAGAGAAGAUCGGAGAGCUGUCUGUUGUGGAGCAUAUUCUAGUUGUGUUACAAGAAUAUGACAUGUUAUCGAAAAGGUUGAGCGCGGAGCUGCUGAGGUUGCUGUGCUCCGUACAGUGCAUCAGGGAGCAGGUGCGUCAGUGUGACGGGGUGCCGGUGCUGCUCAGUCUCCUGCACUCGGAGCACGUGAAGCUGCUGUGGAGCGCAGUCUGGGUGCUCGUGCAACUGUGUCAGGAUCCGGACACCAGCGCUGAGAUCCGGGCGUGGGGCGGCGUGCAACAACUGCUACGCAUCUUGCACGGAGAACGAGUGUACGUGUCUGAUCGCUCCACCAUAGACACGCUGUCCAGCGCCAAUGCAGCAGGCAGGAUACACAGACAGCAUGUGUCAGUGGAGGUGAGCCCUCAAGAGACAGCGGAGAACACCAUCAAUCUGCAGGCAGCAUGCUGUGCAGCGAUCACCGAGCUUGUUUUGGAUGAUACGACAGCACUUAAUGUGGUGCAGGAGAAUGGUGUAUACAUAAUUGGCAAAUUGAUUUUGCCACAAAGCUUUAAAGAACCUCAAGCUAAAUCUCUACAGUGUUAUGCUUUUAGGGCCCUACGAUUCCUUUUUAGUAUGGAACGCAAUAGACAUCACUUUAAAAGACUGUUUUCUCCGGAGUUGUUCGAGAUGUUUAUCGAUGUCGGGCACUAUGUAAGAGACAUUACUGCGUAUGAACCACUGCAGGAAAAAAUCGCACUCUUAACGGAGGAGGAGUUAGAUGUUCUCAGGGAAAGCAUAGAGACGGUGAACCAGAACCGACCUCCUUUGAGAGUGAUCAAUGGUUAUGCUGUUUUGGACCAUCUGGGCAGCGGUGCCUUUGGCAGCGUCUUUAAGGUCCGUAAGCAGAGCGGACAGAAUGUUCUGGCACUGAAGGAGGUCAACUUUCACAAUCCGGCCUUUGGCAAGGACAAGCGGUCUAGAGACAGCAGCGUUGAGAAGAUUGUGUCUGAGCUGACCAUCAUUAAAGAACAGAUGUGUCAUCCAAACAUUGUAAAAUACUUCAAAACAUUUUUAGAAGCUGACAAACUCUACAUCGUGAUGGAGCUCAUAGAAGGAGCUCCGCUAGCUGAACAUUUCAGCUCUCUCAAAGAGAAAGGGCAGACGUUCACCGAGGAGAGAGUCUGGAACAUUUUCAUACAGAUCUGUCUGGCUUUGAGAUACUUACACAAGGAGAAACGGAUCAUCCACCGAGAUCUCACGCCAAAUAACAUCAUGCUCGGAGAGAGAGAUAAAGUCACUAUUACUGACUUUGGUCUUGCUAAACAGAAACAGGAGAACAGUAAGCUGACGUCAGUGGUCGGGACAAUACUGUACUGCUGUCCAGAGAUCGUGAAAAACGAGCCAUAUGGUGAGAAAGCAGAUGUUUGGGCCGCGGGCUGCAUCCUCUAUCAGACGGUCACCCUCACGCCUCCGUUCUACAGCGCAAACAUGCUCUCCCUCGCUACCAAGAUUGUGGAAGCGGUCUAUGAUCCAGUGGAAGACAAAACCGUCUCUGAGAGAGUGACUGACAUGAUUAAAUGGUGUUUGACUCCAAACGCAGACGAGCGUCCUGACAUCAUCGAGGUCAGUUCCAGAAUUUCUGAUAUAAUGAUGAAGUUUGUGGACAGUCUCUGCACAUCCCAUAAUUCACUCGAGAGAAGGGCAGAGAGAGACAGGAAGAGAGCGCAGAAGUAUUUCCUGGAGAGCAACAGGACCAGGAUGUGCAUCCCACUGCAUCAGAGCGCUGGCCUCAAAGAACAAGAUGGUCAAGAUCGAUCACAGACUCAGAGUUUUGAAACUUCUACAUCUGUUUUAGCAAGUGGAGCAGAACAAAAGCAAAGUCAAGACGUGUCGCAGUGCGUUGUGAAGGGUUCUGAUGAACUGCUCAGUGGAGAUUGUCAAAAGUCAAAAGCACGACCAGCAUCAGCAGGAAUCUGUUUAUCUCAGAGGAAAGUUCGACAAAUCGAUGAUCCCAAUCAAAGGCUUCUUGAACUUCUGCAUAAGAUUAUAUUCAUAACUCAGCUCCCACCAGCUCCACAAAACAGCUUCAAGCAGCGGGCAAUCGAGCGCUUUAAGAAGCCGCUGUUCACGUACGGAAGCGAUCCGUACAAUUUGAAGGUGGAGCUCAAUAAGGUUCUUCAAGGAAGUCAGGAGCUGGUGGAGAUGUCAUCAGCCAGCCGGGAGUGGUGGUCCAUGAUUCAGUCUCUCAGUUCAGACCCAUCCACUGCCGAAAAUCGGGAAUCCGGUUACUCCAGUCUUCAAGACGGGCUCACCUAUGAGGAAAUACAGAGUAUGGUGGAGGAAGUGCUGGAGGAGAACGGCUAUUACAGUGCCGGUCUGAGCAGAAGCGAGCUGGAUUCAGGAACAGGAACGAGACGAACUCAAACCCCAUGACCUGCAGCAUAUCUGUGAUUGACAGCUGUCAUGUCUGGAGACUCAGCGCUCUGCAUCACAACAACCUCUCAGGUCAAACGUGACACAUGCAAAGACGACCUCGAAUCAUAAGCUGAUUAUGAGCAUCUGAAGAACACAUGCUGAUAUUUGAGUAGAUUGCAAUAGUCAAUGCACGCACACAGAUGAUUGACCUCAUUUGAAUCUGCACUUUAAUGUGUGUGAUCUUCCCUACU